UAAAAAAAAUUCAGAAAGUAAAGACGAGAAGCCACGAAAUUCCAGGCGCAGCGGCGGCCGUGGACGCGCCGAGGAGCCGGAGGCUCUGCGGUGCGUCGCGAGCCGGCGAGUCGCAGCGAGGCCCCGGCGAGUGCGCUAGCGGGGAGCAGCGUUCGACGGUGGCGGGGACGCCGGCCGGCUGGAGAGAGGAGCGUCGGGAGUCCGCGCGAGAGGGCGCCACAUCGCCAGGGCGGGAGCGACCCCUCGACGGCGGCCUGGGAUGGGCCAAUCGGGCAAGGAGCAGCGUUGGUCUUCGCGAACAAAGCAUGAAGAUAGGCUCAGCAUGCUGACUGAUGACAUAUUAUUAUCUAUCUUGGGGAGAGUUGACACAGCCACGGCAACACGAACUAGCGUGUUGUCAAAGCGGUGGAGAGAUUUGCCAUGGUCGCUUCCUGUGCUCAACCUUCGUGUCUGGAAUUUUCUGCCCCAUUCAUGCCCGGAACCCAUUGCAGCACAUCACAUGGAUCAAGCAAUGUCACGUCUAACCAAAGCAACUAGGAGUUUCUUGGCUGACCCAAACAGCAAAUCCACCAUCAUCAAAAGGCUAAGCCUUCAGCUCUAUGUGACCGGCGAUUACGCAUGUGAGAUUGGCUCACUGGCUCGCGACGCGAUUGAUUGCGGGGUAGUAAAAAACCUGUGCCUUGCAAUUGUUGAUGAGAAGGAUCCUAGAGACUGUGAACAUGAGUAUAUGCUACAGCAAGCCCUGGCUGUCGAUGGGUUUUUAACAGCCUAUCCUAGUGUGUUUCAGUGCCUCACAAAGCUCCGUCUGUAUAAUGUGCGGUUUGCUGAGUGGGAUAUGCAACACCUCCUGUUUGACUCUUGCAAGCAACUCAAGCAUUUAUCUCUGUCCCACUGUGUGUUGGGGACUCUUCAGUAUGGCAGAUAA